AUGUCUACUCGUCCCAUCGCCCAAAGAGCAGACGUUGAGACCUACACCAACAAUGCCGUCAGCGCCAUCCAGACGCUUCAGAACUCGUGGUACAAUAUUGGCACAGGUCUUUGGGACAACGCGUGGUGGAACAGCGCCAACGCCUUUACGACGCUCGCCGACUUUGCCGUCCUGAACCGCGAUGCCGCCAACCAGCUCAACAUUGGAGGCAUUCUCAGCAACACGUUCAACCAAGCCCAGAAGGCCACAGCAACGGCUGCCAAGUCCAUCAACGCGGCUGGCCUUGUGACAACGUCCUAUGCCAUCACCAAGCGCGAAAACCCCUUGCCUCUCGAGGCCCGCCAGUUCAGCGCUCAGGGCUUCCCCAACUUCAUCAACGAGUUUUAUGACGACGAAGGCUGGUGGGCGCUCGGCCUGAUCCGCGCCUAUGACAUUACUAGAGACCAAGACUACCUCGACAUGGCCGCCAGCGGCAUGAUCAACGACGAGGGCACCAUCAACGACGGUCUGGACAGCGACUGCAAAAACAACGGCGCCAACGUGUGGUCUUACAACCAAGGUGUCGUUCUCGGCGGGCUCGUCGAGCUCAGCCAGGCCACCGGCAACAAGUCGCUGCUGACAGACGCAACCAACAUCGCCAAGGCUGCCAUCAAGCAGUUGGCCGAUGGCAACGGCAUCCUCCAUGACACUUGCGAGCCCAACUGCGGCUCGGACGGCAACCAGUUCAAGGGCAUCUUUGUUCGCAACCUUCGGUACCUGCAGGCCGUGGCACCCCAGGACGACUUCAAGACCUUCCUUCUGCAGAAUGCGGACAGCAAUUGGUCCAAGAACCGUGAUAGCCAGGGGAGGCUCGGCGUCGUCUGGUCAGGCCCCGCGCAGGGGGUUUCCGGCCCGACUCAUAGCUCGGCCCUGGACUCUAUUGUCGCUGCUGUUGCCGUUGCGUGA